UGCAAAACACACCUCAAGAAAAGCGCGAAGCAUGACGUGAUUGGCAAAGACAUCAUUCUAUCCUCGCCGUCCCGGGAUUAGAAUGACGUCACACCGAUACCCGUCCAUGGAUGAAUUCUAAAGAACUAUAGAGGCACAAAUAAUAGCACAACCACAAGUUCAUAUCUUGCAAGUCUUACGUUAUCAUUUAAGCUUUCUACAGCUGUUUAACAACAACAGUUUUUGUACUUGAUGAAGCUUAACUCUAUUUUUUUUUCAUUUCCUUAAGGAGAUUAUCUAUACAUAUAAAACUAGGGCUGGCGUAAACAUCCUCAGUGCUUCCCAGAUAAGUGCAGUCAUCUAUUAUUGAGCGAAAGGCCGGGUGUGGAAAUGUGUGUAAGAAGGUGGAUUUGAAGUAGAUUUGGUUUCAAUCGAUCAGCAGGAGAAGGAUAUUGCUAAUGGUAACAAAAGAAGCAGCUAUGUCUUUCUCUCAGUUUGGAUAUCCUUACAAUGCAACUUCUCAGUUUUUCGUGUCGGCAAACCCCAGUACGACUUGCUGCGAUUCGAUUUCCAGGUCGGUGACGGAAGGAUCGAGCGCGUCUCAGACCGCAGCCUCCUUCUGCUGUCCCUCCUAUGAGAACCGGCUGCUGGCUAGCACGCGGACCGAGCUCAACGCCGCGCUCGGGAUGUACGGCUCUCCAUACGCAGCAGCAGCGGCCGCAGCCGGUCAGAACUACGCCAAUUACUUUCCGUACAGCGCCGAGCCCUCUGCCAUCUACUCCAGCCUGAACCCACAAUAUGAAAUCAAAGAGGGGUCAAGCAGUCUUCAUGGCACUAUAACCCAGCCCGCUGCCUUCUAUCCAUAUGACCACUCACUGGGCCAGUACCAGUAUGACAGGUAUGGGACCGUUGAUUUUAAUGGGUCAACCCGGAGAAAAAAUGCCACGCGAGAGACGACAAGUACUCUUAAAACAUGGCUUUAUGAACAUCGGAAGAACCCAUAUCCUACAAAGGGUGAAAAGAUCAUGCUGGCCAUUAUCACCAAAAUGACUCUCACGCAAGUGUCUACCUGGUUUGCCAAUGCAAGAAGGAGACUAAAAAAAGAGAACAAAAUGACCUGGUCCCCCAAAAACAAAGCGGGCGAUGACAGGAAGGAAGAUCUCAAUAAGAGUGACCCAGACAGUAUUACCAAAGACUCCAAAGACGGUAAGGAUGAGCGGGACCUGCAGUUCAGUGACCUGGAUGACAUAGAGGACGAGGACGAGGACUGUGACAAGCUGGACAGUGACUGUGAGAAAUCAGGUCAAGAUGACCUCUCAACUUCCUCCCUUCCAAAGAGAGACUGUAACUCUGACCUUCCUCUCCACUCGAACUUUCCAUCUUUUACCUGUGGUCUAAAGAGUUUGGGGGCUCUGAACCCUGACUACCUGGAUUCUCUGGGCUGCAAACCACAGCAGCAUCAGCCCUCACCUCAGUCCACCUCUAUCAACACUGUGGCACUCUCUCACUUUGAAUCAUCGGAGAAGCCCCGGAUCUGGUCGCUGGCACGUACGGCUGCCACAGGGGUUGUAUUAGGCACGCAACAUGGUGGGGAUGUACGGACUGGGCCUGUGGACUGUCAGAUGCAGGGAGUCAGGUUGCCCACAGUUGGAGGAGUGCAGUGUGGACAGCUAAAGGGCCUUCAGGACCCUACCAGCCUCAGCAAUAUGGAAAGCCUUUACCAAGAAGGACUGCAGGGGAUACACAAGGCAUACAGUAGUGGGAGCUACAAGUCCCUCCAACUCCACUCUUCAGCCUAUCCUGGACUGACAGAAUCCUGCCAGUAUUCCUCAAUGGAAGGCUUCACCAUAGCAGGAAAGACAGAGACAGAAUCCAGUGAGCUCAACGACAAUUGUCCAAAAAUCCAGGAUGUCAAAACCACUGCAUUCAGACCUGUGAUGAAGAGGUGAGGCAGGUCUGUGGAAAUGUCAAUAAACACAGGGACAUUUUUAUGAUCUACAUCAUUAUGCACUAUGGAACAGAGUCAAUGAAGAACUAUAAGCCCAUGGCAGCAGACACUUGAAAUAAUAGCGCAACGAAAAUGUGUGCUCUUUCUGGAACUGUGAAAACUGGAGGCAGCCAUAAUUUUGCACAAUAUGAUUUGAUGGUGUCAAUAACUUUAUGCAAUGUUUUUUGUAUGUCUGGGAAUAAAUUGUGAUUUUGUAUGUUUGCACUGGCAAUCGUAGUUUAGUAUUUCUAUUUAUCUAUUUAUUGUUUGGUUAUCCAUCUGCUUUAUUUAUCAGUUACCAUGUGUCCUUUCAAGGUUUUGUUGUGUGUUUCAUUUAUUUCUCUGUGGUCAUGUGCUUAUUGUUGUGUGAUUUACUUUUUUGGAAGCUGGUGUCAAAUUUACAGUCAGUCUUUUUACUUUUAUUUACCUAUUAACAGUAAAUGAGGUGCGAUACUGUGCUCCUGAGGAGUGUGCUAUGUAUAUAUAAAGAAACUGUGAAUAAAUGUUUUGUUAUUUAUUAAUUAUUUUCUCAGAACAAAUUUUUACAUUUUUGUUAAUAAUGAUUUCUGUUUACAAAUCAAUCAGAUAGCUUUAUACA